CGCGCCGCAGGCCGCUGGGCGGGGACGGGGCUGGUCGCCCUGGGUUGGGAGGCGGGUCCCCUCCCCGGGGUGUGGCCGUCCCGCGCCCCUCCUCCUCCGCUGGUGCCCGGGUGCUGUGGUCGCUCUGUGUCGUCUCCGCCGCGUAGCUCUGUUCAGCAGCCAUCACCUCCUGGACCAUGGCCAACCUCGAGCGCACCUUCAUCGCCAUCAAGCCCGACGGCGUGCAGCGCGGCCUGGUGGGCGACAUCAUCAAGCGGUUCGAGCAGAAGGGCUUCCGCCUGGUGGCCAUGAAGUUCAUGCGGGCCUCCGAGGAGCACCUAAAACAGCACUACGCCGACCUGAAGGAGCGUCCCUUCUUCCCCGGCCUGGUGCAGUACAUGCACUCGGGGCCCGUGGUCGCCAUGGUCUGGGAGGGGCUGAAUGUGGUGAAGACCGGCCGAGUGAUGCUGGGCGAGACCAACCCCGCCGACUCCAAGCCGGGCACCAUCCGAGGGGACUUCUGCAUCCAAGUCGGCAGGAACAUCAUUCAUGGCAGUGAUUCAGUAAAAAGCGCUGAGAAGGAGAUCAGCCUGUGGUUUAAGCCGGAAGAGCUGGUCGACUACAAGUCCUGUGCUCACAACUGGAUCUAUGAGUAGCAGUGGGAAGAGCUCUGAGUUUCGCUCAGCUGACUGGGGAGGGUCACAGGGACCCUUCUUUUCUGAAGCCCGUUUCCCAAUAAAGCCUUGGGACCGGCGGCA